AUGAAGCUCUCAGAUGCCUGCUUGAAACGCAAGAGGGUCGUUUCAGAACCCGUGGGUUUCAGCGUCAAACGUCGCCAAGUAACGGGUGGCGGUUCGUCCGUAGUAUUGAAUGGUUCGAAUACCGUCUCUAGUCAUGGUGAACAACUGUUCUCGGAUCUUACAAAUGGCAAACAUCACCUGGAGACCUCUACCGCAGUGAAAAGCAUCAGGAAGAUAAAACCUUCUGAGAAGACAUCCCAUGAAAAUCACACUCAAAAAUCGGAUAAAUGCCCUUUAGUAUCCUCAGAAGUCAAGCGAUGUCUCUUAACUCAAGAACUAUCCUCAGAGGCUUCAAUAGAACCAUGCUAUCUAUUGAAUCAGCGUCUGUGGAGUGCCAGUGAUCUGCUAACGCGUCUGGAAUGGUCUUGGGGGAUGGAAUACAACUCACUUGACCCGAGAUCAGAAUCGAACAAAACAUACUUACGGCGUGAUUGGUUCAAGUCAUUCGAUAGUGAACGAUGGUUACUUCUUCCCACACCCGAGAUGGCGGAGAAAGUCAGUGCUCACCAGGACAACUUCAUGAGGAAUUUAGCAACUCAAUCAAUUCUACCUUCGGUCGAUACUAUAUACGACGGCGCCGAAACUUUCGAAUAUCGAAUGCUAUCGCUGGAAGACGUGGAACUUCGAUCAUUCAAUCGAAUUGAAUGGCACGACUCAAUGAGUGGGACAAGCUCGCCAGGCAAGAGAACUGCUGCCGAUCAGCGAUCGACUCGACAUUAUCCUCCAUUCUAUACGUUACCACCCCUUAUAUCUCGUGCAAAACCUCACUUCGUCAUCUGCGACACUGCUGCGAAGUUGAGGUCUGUUUGGCAUGGGCACGAUUUCUUUUCCUUGUCCAUGUCCAUGUGGAUAGAGAGCACAUAUAAGGCUUGGUCAACAUGUGAAGUCCCUUCAAGAUUUGCUUCAACCCCCCGCGUUCUUGUCCCGAACCCCCCUCUCUAUCCUUAUCUAACCAUCGCCGAAAAACAGCACAUAUCUAGAGCGUGUACCGGUCCAUGCAUUAACAGCCGAUCUGCGUGGAUUCCUACUCGCUGUCUACGCUGCUCAGGGUGGAGCAAGGACUUCGUCGACAACCCAAAUUCAGCUCGCUAUGAUAGAUAUGGGAACCUCAAGAUCGGCGAGCAAUCCAAUCCGAUGGCUCUAUAUCGAGCCUACCUCGGGCGUGUCGCUCGUUACGCCGACACUUGGAACUUGUGUUGCGUGCAGCAGGUGAAGAAACGAGGGCGAUGGACAUCUGGUGUGGUCAAUAUGAAGCAGUUGGGGACUUAUGCUCAGGAGCCACCGGGCAGCCUUGAACAGCGAGAGGGCACGCACUGUGCGGGGUGUUGUUGCUAUUCCAUCAGAGCCCAACCUGUCAGAUGUGACAGGGGAGUACAGACUUUAGGGUAA